AUGGGACCACCUACCUCAUUUACAAAGAGGAAGUCCAAGAAACACAAUUGUGCAGGUGCGAAGUCUCCGAAUAUGGCGCCUAUAAAGAAAAAAACAUUGUCUAAAGAGGAAAUUGCAAAAAAAAGUGUUUUGCUGGCGGAGUACAAAGAAAAGGAACGACUAAAAUAUCUAAAGAAAAAGGAAAAAGAACAACGGAAGUGUGUAAAAGACAUGACUCCCCGUGAGCACAGAAAGGCAAGAAAAAAUUGGGUAGCCUAUUCAUCUGAUUAUAGAAAAAAACAAAAGAUUCGUGACAAUACAGAUAAAUACGUGGACCAAAAUACGCCGCCAUCAUCGGAAGAUGAAAUUAUUCCUGAGGCUCCUUUAUUAAAUAAUGAAAGAGAAGCUGAAGCUAGAAGGAGGAGUAUAGUUCAACGGAGAAAAAGAAAUAGUAUGUUGAAGAGGAAGGACUUACUCAUUGAAAAUUUAAAGAAGAAACUUGCCAGCGAACAACAAAGAAACAGAAGACUGAAACAUAGAAUGAUACAAAAGAAGCAAGCACUGACACCAGAAAGUAAAAUGGUAGAAAUCGCCAACGACCCUAAUCAAAAAGCAGAAUUGAUAAAAAAAGCAAUCCAAGAUUUCUAUCCACUGGCUAUAAAAUAUACGUGGAAUUUCCAUGAGGCGGGACAUGGGAAAGGGGCACCUGAUGGAAUUGGAGCUACAUGCAAACGCUCUGCAGACCAACUCAUAGCUCAGAGAGGUGACAUUACGAACUUGUACGACUUUGUAGCUGUGCUUCGAGAAAGGUGUCCAAAUAUAAAUAUCUCUGUUAUCGAAGAUGCCGACAUAGAAAAAGUUAUCAAAAUGAUCAAGGAACAUGAGAAAGAGCAGAAACCGUUUAAAGGAACUCUCUUGAGGCAAAUGUAUGGGUCGUAUUUAAAAUUGAUUGUAAACCUCCGUUUCAAGGAUACCAAUGGAUAUCCAGAGAAUAAUUAA